UCGGCCGAUCGUGUUGUUUUUUUACUUUGUAGUUUGUAUGCGCUUGUUGUGUGUUGAGGUCAUGCAACAGAGGUGAGGGACCGACAGCCAACUGGUCAGACACAGCCCGUGACUUCAUUUCAUGCAGUCCACGACCACACGAGGCCUGACUACUGUGGAACAGUCUACAAACUAUAUUGAUCUGUCACUACAAGCAACAAAACUGUACUAAUCUCCUACGAGAGAACCAUAUUAUUGAUUUGUUCGACACCGUGUUUCUAAUGUUUAGCUUGCUUCUUUCACUGCAUUUUAUUCGCACUACUUGGGUACUAGAGGGGACGAUUUUACGCCUGACAGCACUGUUUCUGACACUUCUGUCACCGCAAGGGGCCUCUUCCAUUGACAGCAGUGAACCGAGGUGUGCGUCAAUAACACUGCCCCCGUCAGAUGUAUUUAAAAGUUCCAUUCGGCUCUCGGUUAAGGAAAAAAGGUUCUCCCCCCUCGGUAAUGCUCCAAACACUCAACGCGACUCAAGUGAACCAAAUUCACGAGCUGCCGCCUGCGAGCCGGACGCGUGAACGCGCGUGCCGUGCCUCGUGAAGCUGCGGUGAGCUCUGGUUCGGCAGAUAGCGCCGCGAUUAAGGGGAAACUCGUGGCCCAAAACUUCCCGUCUGCUGCCGUGCGAGCGCGCGGGUGUCCCCGCCCGGGCACUGUCGUCACGGCGCAGAUGACACAUUCAGGCUACGGUCGCUCUUUCUGCAGCAAAGCGAAUAACAUAAACUUGUUCGCCGUCGCAACCCUUCGGUGUAAUAAGAGAGACCAUGGCCACGAGUUUGAACGUGUCGGAUCUCAUGAAAGAUCUACAACUUGAUGAAGACUGCGAUCUGGACGAAAAUGAGACGACACUGGUGAUACAGCCCAACGCGUAUCGAGAUGAACAGUUUCUCCAGCUGUCUGAGGUUCUGCUGGACUGGGUGAACUGCACUCUGCGAGAGGAGAACGUUAAAGUCCGCUCCGUCAAGGACGACUUCUUCGAUGGGCUGGUGCUCCAGCAUCUCCUGGAAAAGCUGGGCCGCGUGAAGCUCGCCGUGCCGGAGAUUGCGCUCUCCGAGGAAAUCCAGACCCACAAACUCAACCUCAUCCUGCAGAACCUCGACGAGCAGCUUUGUGCCCAGGAUCCAAGCAAAGUCAAGUGGACCGUCAAGUCGAUCCACAGCAAGAACACCCUCGCCACGAUGCACCUGCUCAUUCGCAUGGUUCAACAUUUCUCCCCCAAAGUCCUCCUGCCCCACGGAGUCUCGGUCAAAGCCUACCUGCUGGAGAAAGGGAAAAACACACUGAAGGCCGAGCAGGUUAUGGAAGAGCUGACUCCAAAUCAAUUGCAAGUUGAGAGAGGGUGUCAGAGCAGCGACAAUCCCAUCGACGUCAUUUUCAGAGUCUCGCCGGAAAAAGUGCCUCAGGUUGAACAGAUGCUGCUCGCCUUCGCAAACGGUCACCUAGCCGGGCUGCAUCUCGACAUCACAGAUCUCGUCACUCAGUUUGCAGAUGGAGUGAUGCUGGUGCUGCUGCUUGGCCAGCUGAGCGGGUACUUUGUCCCUCUCCACAGCUACUACCUGAGCCCUGAGUCAAGAGAGCAAAAGGUGCACAACGUGAAACUGGCACUGGAACUCAUGGAAGACGACGGGAACCCAAUGUCACCCGUUCAGCCGGAAGCGAGCCGUCACGAGCGAGUCUCUCCCUACAGAGAUCGUGGACGUUGAUGCCAAAGCCGCCAUGAAGAUUCUCUACAUUCUCUACAACAAGCACAAGGCAUCGAGCAUCGCUUCUCAACCCCAGUCCUCGUGACUCCUCCCGCAGCCACGGCGCUCUUUCGUGAUCACCUAAUUAAGUCGCCUACUAGCUGCACGUACCUGAUGUUUGGUAAUCGCGAAAUGUGGUUUAGGAGAUUCAGUGGCCGGAGUUACCGGGGCGUCUAAAUGCCAUCACCCAGACACACCGGUGGAGGAUAGGUGCUUGGACCCAUCAUCUGGUGGUGUGCUUGUGUAGUUGUGUGUGUGCUUGUGUGGAGAGCGGUAGUGUAGCAGUUAGCGUGAUGUGCUACGAACUUGGCGACCCGGGUUCCCGCUCACGGC